AUGCCGGUGUUGGACAAGCUGCAAAUGUGGGGGAUCGAUACCGAGCGCAUGAGGACGGGGCGUAAAGACCCUAACCGUCCAACCGCCGGGAGGAGGAUCGAAGUGCAAGACGAGCGGGUUCCAGUCGUCGAGGACGCGGAGCCUUCGACGACUGCGUCCACCGUCCCCGCGACGUCGGUGGCUGAAGGCGAUGCCGCCGCCGCCCUGCCGCCGACGACGACGACGCGUUCCGCUCGCGUCGCUGAACUCCUCGCGAGGCAGGAGGAUGAGCACUGGCCCGUUCAAGGUAGCGACGAGUGGUUACUAGCUCGCGCCCGUAUCGUGUCCGCCAGCGAGGCAUCCGCCGCGCUCGGCAUCGAUAACUUCCGCACGCCCGAGCGGCUCAUUCGUGAUAAGCUCGCCAGGUUAGAUUCCCUGGAGAAUGUAUCAGCCGCUGUGCUCGCAGCGUCGAGGGACGAAACGAGGGCGUCAUACGUGGCCGCUGUGCAGGCUGAGAAGGACCUCGGGUGGCGUGCAAAGGGAAAGGCGGGAAAAGGGGCGAAGAAGAAGGCCAAAAGACGCAAGAACUCGGUCGGAGGCAAGCGCUUCGCCGGGUCGACGGAACCAUCCAAACGUUCUCAGAGCGGGGCGGGUCCACGACCGAUGCCGCCGCCCGUUGUGCACGGCAACACUUACGAGCCGGUCGCUCGCGAGCACUACGCGGCUAGGGAGGGUCGGAUUGUUCACGAGUUUGGGCUCAAAAUACACGACGAACUACCCUGGCUCGGUGCCACACCCGACGGCAUCACCGACGAUGGAAAAAUUCUCGAGGUUAAGUGCCCAUACAGCAGACCGGUCUUACCAAACGUGAGGUGCAAGGAACACUACCCGCAGCUUCAGGUGCUGAUGCAGGUUUACAAUCUAGACUCGUGCGACUUUGUGCAGUUCAAACCCGCGGGCGUCGGGAUGGGUCAUGCGGGGGUGAUGAACGAGGACAGGCCGUUGUAUCUGAUGGAGACGGUGGCGAGGGACGAUAAUUGGUGGCGCGUAAAUCAGCCGAGGCUUCUCGCAUUUCAUAGGCAGCUCGAGGCCGCGCUAGCAGAGCGUGAUGAGCGCAUUCAGAGGCUCUCAGAAGCAUUUGAUAGCGUCGAACUCGCUAUUGACGAGGCGUGA